UAUAAAAAGUUAAAAACCCUCCAACAAUCCCAACCAAGUCACAAACAACCCCUCACACACAUGGCUUCAUGGCCCCGAAUCCGCCUCUUGUGGCGCUGGGCCGUCGUCCUCUGCGGCGUGGCCGCCCUCCUCACCAUCCAACUCAACGCCCUCUUCGCCGAAUACAAGAAGGCAGCAAGGUUGAUGAUGCUGCAAUCCCCCCUCCUAUCCUUCCAAGAGCUCGAUCAAGUCGAGUACCUCACCCUCCUGCCCCCUCGCAGCCUCAAACACCCUCAAACCAUCAACCUCAAUGAUGAAUUCCUCAACGAAUCCUCCCCCGCCCGCCCCCUCUUCUUCCCCAGUCCCUGGUACGCCACCCUCGAUCCAACUAAAACCAACACAAACGCCACCACCCGCUUCUUCUUACCGGAGAAAAUCUGGCUCGACACAGCCGGCCACCCCAUCCAAGCCCACGGCGGCGGCAUUCUCUUCGAUCACAAAUCCGCCACCUAUUUCUGGUACGGCGAGUACAAAAACGGCAAAACCUACCACGCUGAAUCCACCGGCACCGCCCGCGUCGACGUCAUCGGCGUCGCCUGCUACUCCUCCAAAGACCUCUGGGCGUGGAAGUUCGAAGGGAUCGCGCUGGCCGCGCAUCCCUCCGACCCCACGCACGACCUCCACAAAUCGAAGGUUCUAGAAAGGCCUAAAGUCAUAUACAACGAAGAAACAAACAAAUUUGUCAUGUGGAUGCACGUGGACGACGCCACGUACAGCAAGGCCGCGGCCGGGGUGGCUGUAAGCGACCACCCGACCGGGCCGUUCACGUAUGUGCGCGGCACGAGGCCUAACGGCUUCGACAGCCGCGACAUGACCGUGUUCAAGGACGAAGACGACGGCGCGGCCUACCUGAUCUACGCGUCGGCGAGGAAUAAAGAGAUGCACAUCAGCCGAUUGAGUGAGGAUUAUACGGAGGUGGAGAAUGUGACGGUGAGGGCGCUGAUCGGGAUGCACCGGGAGGCGCCGGCGGUGUUCAAGCACGGAGGGGUGUACUACAUGGUCACGUCCGGGUGCAGCGGCUGGCUGCCCAACGAGGCGCUGGUGCACGAGGCCGAGUCGAUGCUUGGCACGUGGGAGACUAUUGGGAACCCGUGCGUGGGGGCGAAUAAGGAGUACCGUGCGGCUACGUUUUUCUCGCAAGGGAGCUUCGUGCUGCCGAUGCCGGGUGGGGGCGGAGGUGACCGUGGGUUGUUCAUUUUCAUGGCGGAUAGGUGGAAUCCGGCGAAUUUGCGGGAUUCGAGGUAUAUGUGGCUGCCGUUGACGGUGAAGGCCAAGUUUGAGAGGUAUGGGCCGUUUCCAUUGUGGUCUAAAGUGGCUAUAUUUUGGCAUGAGAGAUGGAGGGUUCCUAUUAAGGAUAAUGGAGAGACUUAUUAUGUAUCUAAGCCUUUUAGCGCAGGGGAUGAUUUGUGAAUUAAACACCACAAUCCUCUGUUUUCAACUCUAUCUUUUAUGUAAUUUUUUUCAUUUCA